AUGAAGGUUCUCAUCACUGGUGCUGCUGGUUUUAUUGGUCAGCUUCUGGCGAAGGAGUUGCUCGCGGACCCUGAGCAUGAGCUGGUUCUGGUCGACAUCGUCGAGCCUCCAGUUCCUGCUGGUUGCAAGUACCCCGGAAACGCUAAGACCAUUAAGACGGAUCUUACAAAGUCGGCCUCUACGAUUAUUACGCCAGACAUUGACGCGGUGUACGUGUUCCACGGCAUCAUGUCUGCCGGUGCUGAAGCCAACUUCGAGCUCGGAAUGUCGGCAAACAUCGAUGCUACCCGCGCGCUGUUCGAAGCUAUCCGUCUUAGCGGAAAGCCAACGCCGAUCCGCGUCCUCUACGCAUCUUCCCAAGCCGUUUACGGAAUGCCGACGCCAGACAUUGUUACUGAGGCUGUCGUUCCUACACCUGAGUCGUCGUACGGUGCUCAGAAGCUCAUUUGCGAGGCAUUGAUUAACGACUACACCCGUCGCGGAUUCUUCGAUGGUUUUGCGUUCCGAUUCCCCACGAUCUCGGUCCGUCCUGGUAAACCCACCGCUGCGGCAUCGUCUUUCCUUAGUGGAAUGAUCAGAGAACCGCUCAAUGGUCUUCCUUGCGAGAUCCCGAUCGAGAACCGCAAGUUCGCUCAUUGGAUCUGCUCCCCGCGCACUUUGGUCGCCAACUUGAUCUAUGCUUUGACAAUGCCUUCGGACGCUGCUCCAAAGCACAUUCGUGUUGUGAAUCUGCCUGGAAUCGGGGUCACCGUCCAGGAGAUGAUUGACGCGCUUGAAGCUAUUGGUGGAAAGGAGGCCGUUGCCUUGCUCAGCGAGAAGGAUGUGCCGGAGCUGCGUGAGAUUCUCUACUCGUGGCCGCCAAACUUUGACAACAAGCGUGCCUAUGAUAUGGGAUUCAAGCCUGAUCAACCAUUUGUUGACACAGUCAAGGAUUACUAUGAGAACUUUGUCAAAAAAUAA